UUUAGCGAAAGGGAAAAUGUCGGCGUGUUAGUGGGGUUUUGUUGUGCCAGCCAGAGAGUCGGACUUUUUGGCCACGGUCUCGUGUACGUAUUUUCGAACGUAGUGCGAAUCCACCACCGAUACGGCUCCAAGAAGGCGCAACAUCGUCGCGUUUGCCAAUAAAUGGCGUAUAUGUCCUACCGGGUACGCUCAGUACUUUAAAUCAGGUUUGAUCCCGACGUGAGCCAGGUCGCAGAGGUCCGCCGUCGGUUCUAGCGGAGGGAGGACAGAAAUUGGGAAGCCAAGAGUAAUAUGUCGUUGCAGUUGGCGAUGUCAGUAGCAAAGAAUGAUUUUAUUGUGGGCGGCAAAUACAGGCUGAUGAGGAAGAUCGGCUCGGGAUCCUUCGGCGACAUAUACCUCGGUAUCAACAUCUCUAAUGGCGAGGAAGUUGCUGUUAAGUUGGAGAGUAUGCGUGCUAGACAUCCGCAACUCCUGUAUGAAUCAAAAUUAUACAAAAUUUUACAUGGCGGUGUAGGGAUACCUCACAUUCGUUGGUAUGGACAAGAACGUGAAUACAAUGUACUUGUCAUGGAUCUUCUUGGUCCAUCUCUGGAAGAUCUGUUCACAUUCUGUUCAAGAAGGUUUACAAUUAAAACAGUCCUAAUGUUGGCAGACCAAAUGAUUGGCAGGAUUGAAUAUGUUCAUUGCAAACAUUUUAUUCACAGAGAUAUCAAGCCAGAUAAUUUUUUAAUGGGCAUUGGUCGUCAUUGUAAUAAGUUGUUUCUUAUCGAUUUCGGAUUAGCUAAAAAAUAUAGGGAUAGUCGUACAAGAAUGCAUAUAAUAUAUCGGGAGGACAAAAAUUUAACGGGUACAGCCAGGUAUGCCUCGAUCAAUGCACACCUUGGAAUAGAACAGAGUCGUCGCGAUGAUAUGGAAUCCCUUGGUUAUGUGCUUAUGUAUUUCAACCGAGGAUCUUUACCCUGGCAAGGACUCAAAGCUGCUACCAAAAAGCAAAAAUAUGAGAAAAUAAGUGAAAAAAAGAUGUCCACGCCUGUAGAAGUUUUAUGUAAGGUAAAUUUAACACAUUUAUUUCUUUCAAAUUUUUCACUUUUAGGGAUUUCCUGCUGAAAAAAACCAGAUUAUAUGUAUCUUCGCCAACUUUUCCGUAUAUUGUUCCGUACGUUAAACCAUCAGUAUGACUAUACGUUUGACUGGACGAUGUUAAAACAGAAGGGACUAACAGUUGUCACUAGUGCAGUAACUGGAACAACUGGUCUCAAUCCACCCAAUCUGGGUACUCAGGGGCAAGGGCAAUCCCAAGGUCAGCCACCCGCUUAGGCCAAUGCUCAGCCAGGUGUUUAUUCUUAA